GGCAAUAAAGAUGUACACUUCAAAUUCAAUUUUCAACAUGGAAGCAGGAGCAGGAAAUCUGACCAUGGAACCAGUGCAUCUAAAUCAGUCAAGCCUUUCAAAUUUAAAUCAAAUAGUCUCCUCUUGGAUCAUAAUAUUUGAGGUGUUCAUUGGGAGUCUGGCUAAUGGAUUUAUGGUUAUAGCAAGUCUGAUGGACUUUGCUUCUCGCAAGAAGUUUGGCGCUAGUGAAUCCAUAUUAAUAUGCCUUGGACUUUCACGCUUUGCCUUCCUGUGGACCCUGUUUUUUAUGUUCUUGAUGUCAACUUUUUUGAACAGCUUGAUAGAUAAAUAUUUGGAUGUCCUCAUGUACGUCUUCCUGUUCCUUAACAAUGCCAGCUUGUGGUAUGCCACGUGGCUUUGCAUGUUCUACUGCGUUCGUAUUGUCAACAUCAGCAACUGUGUUUUCGUUGUUUUCAAAAAGAAUUUCGACCGCUGCCUUCCCGUUUUGCUUCUGGGUAGUUUAGCCCUAUCAGUAGGCUUGAGUCUUCUUCUUCUCUGCAAUAGUAUAACAAAUGUGGACUUGACGGCAUCUACAGGCUCACGACCAUUAGGGAUGUCCAGUAAAUCCACCUCACGUUUUCUAAUUAUUUCUUUCAUAGGGAGCAUUCCACCAUUUCUAGUUUUCUGCAUAGCAGCUUGGCUGGUGGUGGAUUCCCUUAGGAAGCACACGCGGAUGAUGAAGGAACAAGAACGGACAAGUUUUAAGGAACCAUCACUAGAAGCUCACUACGGGGCACUGAAGUCUGUGGGACACUUCUUCUUUUUUUAUGUACUUUACAUCAUCUCAUUCAGCCUGUACCAAUCAGGGAUAGCCAGCCCGAACUCUAUCGGUGGAUCCAUUUGUACAGUGUUGAUCGGAUCCUAUCCAUCGGUGCAUUCGAUAUUACUUCUUCUUCAGAACAACAAGCUUCAACAAAGCCUCAUGAGUUUUUUCCAAAAAAUAAGUUGCCAUCAGCAUGCCAAAGUGAAAAAAGCAGAGUCGACUUCUACAUGUAAUACUACAUAGUUUAUCAUGCUCAUUCUCUGUAAGCAAAAGUAUCUCUAUCCAAUUAUUCUGAUUGCUGCUCAGUUUAUUUAAAGGCAUUAAAUAAUGUGGGAUCUAUUCGAAGUUUGUUGACGUGGGCUUAUGAUACAGGUAAGGGACCUGUUAUCCAGAAUGCUC